AUGGCACAACUUGAAGCAGUUGCAUCAAAUUAUCAUCAAGUUCAAAGUAGAACAUCAAAUAAUAAUAAUGAUAUUUCUACUUCAUUUGAUAAUAGUAGAAAUAAUGACGUUGUUGUAUCUGCUACUGUUACUUCUACUGAGACUGAUAAUGCUUUCCUCAAAAGAAGUAGAUCAUCAGAGUUUGUGAGAGGAGAGAGUUCGAAUCAAAGUUCACAAGUUGGUGGAGCCUUCAGAAGACACACAAAUCCUCCUCCUCCUAGUUUUCAACAUGAAACUGUAAACAAUAAUAGCAAUAAUAGUGGGUUUUCAAGUAUGUUGGAGCAACAAGUGAACCGACAUGGUAUAAGUGCAACACAAAAUUCUAUUACAAAUGAUUCUCACAUGAUUAACCGACGUCAUGCACAUGCUAGUCAAAUAAAUUUUUUUGCUGAUACACCAUCAUAUAAUAGCCCAUAUGAAUCUAUCAUUGAUGACAAUGUUGCAUGCUUAAUAUUUCCUUCUCGACAAGAGAUUCCUCGAGAAAGCUUCACCAUGACCCGAAUAACUGAACCUAUAUCUGCUUCUACCUCUACAACAUCUCUAUAUCCUUCCGCAAUGACAGGAGGAGAAACUCAGGUUGCAGUUAGUACAUCACCAUUUCAAAGAAAUAAUAAUUUCUUGUCUUCUGAAGCUGUUUCAUCUUUAUCCUCUCGAAGUCCAAGAUGGGAGUUUAAUAGUUUUAAUAAUACCAAUAACAACAACAACAAUAUCAACACUAACUUGGAUAUAUUUGAUCCUAUUGAACAAAGAUUUAAUGAUACAUUCAAUCAUAGCACCAUAAAUGUUCAACAAUAUGUAAGGCUUUUACCCGGAGGUCAUGUGGAUCGAUUUUUAGCUCCAUCUAUUGUUCAUGUGCGGUCUAAUAAUUUUGUACCACAGGGAUCACAACCACCUUAUGAUCCUUCAACAAGUAGUUACCUUCUAAACCCUCCUUCAGCCCCUACGGCUGUUGAAUCUGAUCAAUACAUGCAGCCUGGUACAAUACUGGCUGGACAGGGGAACCGUCGUCGCGGUAAUAACCGCAUUUUCACCUCAACUUCUCCAGAACUUAGGGCUUGGAGGAACAGGCUUAGGGAUGAGGUAUUUUUAUUCUACUUUUUUAAUUACUUGUUAAUAAUAUUUUGA